UGGUAUAUUAUUGUGGAACAAAAGAUCGGAGAUUCCCAAGAAACAACUCUUCUGGGAGAAUCUUUAACGACGGUGAAAAAUCAACUAUUAAUCUGCCCCCCUCUGUGUAUGACCUCCGCUGUGGGGAAUAUGCAGUUGUUAGAAGUUUGGUGCGAGUCUUACAGGGUGGUGUAGAAGGCAAAAGGCUAGUUGACCAAGUCAUCGACAAAUGUGGUUCCGUGCAGAACUUACGAGAGGCAAAUUGCAGUCUAUCACGAUCGCAUUUCGCGUCGACUCAUAGGGGAUCACCUCGAUGAAAAGAAGAUAUAGAUGCAUCACUCACAUCUUUUGUUGAGUACUUGGAAAGAUAUUACUUCCUUAUAUGUUUUGCUGUAUAUCUGCAUUCAGAGGGUGAUUUCCUCCAAUCUGGUUCGCUUAGCCAUGUCAGUGUCAGUUUUACUGAUUGGAUGCGAGCUAGGCCAGAGCUUUAUAGCAUUCUUCUCAGUUGCUCGAGAGAUCCUGUUGGUGCCCUUGGAUAUGCAGCUACUGAUGGCCGCCCUCAUGCCCUUGCUGCACUUAGAAAUGGGACAGUUUUGUCAAGUCAAACCGUUCUCAAGAUUGAUUACUGUUCUGCUUCUCAUUUUGGUGGUCUACGAGAGAGGAUUCAUGAGGAUUCCCUAUAUAUGGUGGUCCAACUAUAGCUGGUAUUGGGCCCGUCAUUAAAAGGGUUUUGGAGUUUAAAAGGUAUCCGGCCGGUUUAUUGGCACAACAUGAGGGAAGAACCUGUUGUGUAUAUCAAUGGUAAACCGUUUGUUGUACGUCACAUUGAAAGGCCAUACAAGAACAUGCUAGAAUAUAAGAGAAUUGAUCGGGAGACAGUAGAAGGAAUGGAGGCUAGUCUGAAAGAGGAUAUUCUGACAGAAGCCAAGCGAUAUAAGGGUGCCAUAAUGGUCAUUCACGAAGCCGAAGAUGGACAAAUUCUUUACUCAUGUGAACGUGUGGAUGCUGGUUCUAUUCGAACACCCCUCGAGGUCUACAAACGUUUGGAGGCUGAUGGUUUCCCGAUUAAGUAUGCGCGUGUACCUAUAACUGAUGGUAAAGCGCUCAAAAGCUCAGACUUUGACACCUUAACAUCGAAUAUUGCUUCUGCUGCUAGCGACACUGCUUUUGUCUUCAAUUGCCAGAUGGGGAAUGGUAGAACAACCACUGGAACUGUCAUUGCCUGUCUAGUGAAGCUCCGCAUCAAUUCUGGAAGACCUAUUAAGGUUCUGCAUGGUACUACUUAUAUUGCCUAUCCAAUUGUGGAUGAUGAAAGAAGAACUUAUAGUUCAGAACAAAGAGCUGAGGAGGUACGCGAGUUAGACGACCGUGUAUUUGGAAUAGACGACUUCCUUCUGCUGUGGAAAAUCACCAGACUAUUCGAUAAUGGAGUUGAAUCUCGUGAGGCGUUAGAUGCUGUGAUUGAUAGAUGUUCCGAUAUACAAAAUAUCCGUGAAGCUGUUCUGCAGUACAGGAAGGUUUUCAACCGACAAAAUUAUGAGCCAAGAGUAAGAAGUGCUGCAUUUAACCGAGGCACUGAGUACUUGGAGAGAUACUUCCGGUUGAUUGCCUUUGCAGCAUACCUUGGGAAAGAAACUCUUGACGGAAGCUUUAAAAAAUGGUUGCAUCAUCAGAAACCUGAGGUGCUGCAAGCCAUGAAGAAGUGGAGGAGCGCACUGUUUUUUUACCGUACAUGAGGAAUUGCAGGCACAACACGGGGAUGCAUUGAUGGAGUCAGUUUUCAACAAACGGUGUGGUCCUGUCUUGGGAAAAGGUUCUACACUUAAAAUGUGCUCCCCUGGCCAAAGGAAUCCAAGUCGUUUGCAGAUUAAUGAAGACAGUGUGGAUUCAGCAGAAAUAAAAAAGAGAAGAAGCAACUGUUUACAUCAAUGGAACUCCAUUUGGAUUGAGUAAACCUGUUGAUGAUACCUUCAAGCAUGUUGGAAUAACUGGUCCAAUGGUAGAAAUCAUAGAAAGAAGGCUAAAAGAAGAUAUACUGUCUGAGAUUAGAGAGACUGGAUAUUGGAUAUUGGGAGAAUAUUCUACCAGAAAAUGUGAAAACACCUGCAGAAGUAGAUGCUGCUCUCAAAAAUGAAAAUUACAAUAUAUCUUGCCAGAGUCUACCGUGGACCAGAGAAAGAGAUGAAUUAGCUUCUGCUGUUGACACAAUCCAGUAUUGUCAAGACGAUUUGCUGGAGCUUGGGGGAAAGAUAGAUAGAAUCAGCAGUCUACCGGAUGAUUUUGUUCGGAAUAAAUUGUAAAGUUUCUGUCUGCAAAAGAGGCGGCUAGACUUUCGGUCGUGUCAAAAGGUUUCCAAAACCUGUUCUCAAUAUUAGAGAAUGCUGAAUUCGACAUAAAGAAAGAAAGUUCCAGAGAGUUCAUUGAUAGAAUCUUAUCGCUCCCAGUAAUCGGCACACGGAUUAGACGUUUCUGUUUAAUUCUGGAAGAACACAGUGAUUCAGAGGGCCACUUUCUUCUUCUCAACAAGUGUUUAAAACACGUCUUAGAGCUCGGUGUAAUGGAUUUACAGUUGUCGAUUUAUGGUGAAAACGUGUACGCAUUGCCUUUGGAAGUCUUCACUUGCAAAACGGUCAUUAAGAUGAAACUGGGGACAGAUUUUGGCAUCGAUUUUCUUCCUAAGAAUGCUUGGCUACCAGCCCUUGAGACUCUCUGUCUUGACUCUAUUCGCUUCUAUGAUCUUCAUGAUUGUGCCUUCCAGGCGCUUCUUUUUGCUUCCCCUGAGCUUAAGGAACUAAUCAUAGAUGGUAUGUACUGGGAAACUUGGGAAUGGUCAGGCACUUUGUCCAGCCAGAGUCUUUAGAGGCUUUCUAUCACUCGUGUCUUCUCCCCUGAGUUUGCUGGGCCUCAUGAUCAGAGAAUUUCUUUCAACACUCCAAGUCUCGCCUACUUGGACUACAGUGAUUUUGUGCCGCAUGAGUACCCUACUGUUAAUUUCCACUCACUUGUUGAAGUUAAACUCAAUCUUCGACUGGUGCCAAAUCCCCAAUGGGAUGGACUAUAUCCAGAUGAUGAGGAUGUCUAUUCCAGCAAUCCUGCAAAUCUUAUCAAAGGGAUAAGACAUGUGAAGAUACUCGAGUUAUCCUCUUCUUUCAGUUUUGAGGCACUAAACUUCUUCCACAGAUCAUUCCCACUAUAUGAAUGCUUAAACCUGCUGAUCCUUAACCAUGUGGACGUUGAAUUUUGCUGGCAAUUUCUUCCUUUCUUGCUGAAGAAGGCUCCAAAUUUGAAAACUCUCAUCAUCAAGGGAGGGUUGCAUUGUGGGGAAGAGCCUGACUAUGGCUAUGUCUGUCGAUGUUUGUCAAACUAUUCUUGUCUACCUUCAUCAAAUAUAGAAGUUUUGAAGAUAAACUUAGCGGAGGGAGGCACAGUGGCUGAACUGGAGCAGCUUAAGAAUUUUUUGGGUAAGUUGACAUCUCUGCAACUGCUGCAGGUUGGCUCGUGGAAGAAGCUUAGAAAAGAGUUCAUGAGUGAUCUCCUAAAGCUUCCGAGAGCUUCGUCCAAGUGCAAAAUCCAGCAGACCAGACUCCAGUAGAAUGACGGUUUUCUGUUCCACUCCAUAGAAUGACCCUUUUUGUUGUUGUUGUUGGAAACAUACUGUGCUUUCCGUCUUGUCUCCAGACUCUAGUCUAUGUAGGAAGAACACGAGGAAGAUUCUGCUAUACGUAUGGAAAAGUUGGAAUAUUCCAUUUUCUUCUU